UACCCGCCCAUGGGUCUUUGAGAACUUUAUAAUGUCCCUUUGUGCCUCUUCUCGCAAGGAGUUUUCUCAACUGCUCCCUAUUCAAGACAUGGAUAUCAAAAACUCACCUUCUAGCCUUAACUCUCCUUCCUCCUACAAUUGCAGCCAACCCAUCCUUCCCCUGGAGCACAGCCCCAUCUAUAUCCCUUCCUCCUAUGUGGAGAACCGCCAUGAGUAUUCGGCUGUGGCAUUCUAUACCCCUGCGGUGAUGAAUUACAGUAUUUCCAGCAGUGUCAGUAACUUGGAAGGCGGGUCUGGGCAGCAGACAGCUAGCCCUGCUGUGUUGUGGUCAACUUCUGGGCGCCUCUCUCCUCUAGCGAUCCGCUGCCAGCCGUCACAUCUGUAUGCAGAAGCUCAAAAGAGUCCUUGGUGUGAAACAAGAUCGCUAGAACACACCCUACCUGUAAACAGGGAGGUGCUAAAAAGAAAGGUUAGUGGGAGCCGUUGCACCAGCCCUGUCACUAGUCCAAGUUCAAAGAGGGAUGCCCACUUCUGCGCAGUUUGCAGCGAUUACGCGUCGGGAUAUCACUACGGAGUCUGGUCGUGUGAAGGAUGUAAGGCCUUUUUUAAAAGAAGCAUUCAAGGACACAAUGAUUAUAUUUGUCCAGCUACAAACCAGUGUACGAUCGACAAGAACCGGCGGAAGAGCUGCCAGGCCUGCCGACUCCGCAAGUGCUAUGAAGUAGGAAUGGUGAAGUGUGGCUCCCGGAGAGAGCGGUGUGCCUACCGCCCGGUGCGCAGGCAGAGAAGCCCGGCGGAGCCGCCGUACUGCCCCGGCCAGGCCAAGAGGAGCGGCGACCCCGCGGCCCGGGUGAGGGAGCUGCCGCUGGGGGCGCUCAGCCCGGAGCAGCUGGUGCUCUCCCUGCUGGAGGCCGAGCCGCCCCAUGUGCUGGUGAGCCGCCCCAGCGCGCCCUUCACGGAGACCUCGAUGAUGCUGUCGCUGACCAAGCUGGCGGACAAGGAGCUGGUCCACAUGAUCGGCUGGGCCAAGAAGAUUCCCGGCUUUGUGGAGCUCAGCCUGUUCGACCAAGUGCGGCUUCUGGAGAGCUGCUGGAUGGAGGUGUUAAUGGUGGGGCUCAUGUGGCGCUCCAUCGACCACCCUGGCAAGCUCAUCUUCGCUCCAGACCUCGUUCUGGACAGGGAUGAGGGGAAGUGCGUAGAAGGAAUUCUGGAAAUCUUUGACAUGAUCCUGGCAACGACUUCAAGGUUUCGUGAGUUAAAGCUCCAACACAAAGAGUAUCUCUGUGUCAAGGCCAUGAUCCUGCUCAACUCCAGCAUGUCCCCUCUGGCUGCAGCAACCCAGGAGGCCGAGAGCAGCCGGAAGCUGACCCACCUACUGAACGCCGUGACCGAUGCCCUGGUCUGGGUGAUUGCCAAGAGUGGCAUCUCCUCCCAGCAGCAGUCCAUGCGCCUGGCCAACCUUCUGAUGCUCCUGUCACACGUCAGGCAUGCCAGAUGGGGAGAAGAGCAUUCAUUAAUUCUGAAGUUAUCUUAGUGCUAAAAGUCAUUUGAAAGUUUCCCUUGCAAGAGGGGAGGGAAAGAUGCAAACAUUUGCAGAGAAUGCAAAACACAGAUGACCUCCCAGCCAGUGUUUUGGGAAUACUUUGGGCCUUGAGUAGAAGGAAGGCCGCAGUGGCCUCCCUAGAGAGGGAGGUAAAACCAGCUUAAAGGCCUUUAUUAUCCUGAGGAAGGACUGAGAAUUGAUAAUACAUAACUAGGCCUUGAAAUGCAGGCAACACUUUCCUUUCACUGCAACUUUGACUUGCCCCAGGGUCUCUCCUUAGAGCAGAGAAGGCCUCUAAAACACUCAGCCCCUUUUGGAAUAGAAGAUGGAGAUUCUACCUUUUUGCCUCAGGCUACGAUGGGGCAGGGCCCCUAAAACCAACUCAGUGGCUUCAAGAAAACGUCUGGGUAACACUUUCACUUAGACUUUCCUCUGGGAUCA